GGGGGGGGGGGGCCUGAGGUUAUCGCACGCUCAUUGGUUGCCGGCUCAGUCGCGUCACUGGAAGGCACGAGGUUUGCGAGUAAGUGGUUGUAGAGCUUCGCGGAGCGGCUUCCGAAUCAUGGCUGGUCCCGGCUCUGGCGAGAACACCUCCCCUCCCAUCAAAAGCAGCCAGACCAUCCUGGUCAGACAUCUCCCGUCCGAGCUGACCUGCACUGAGAAGGUGGAUCUGCUGAAGUAUUUUGGAGCAGAAUCGGUUCGAGUCUUGCCGGACAAAGGCCGGCUGAAACAUACAGCUUAUGCAACGUUCUCAUCUGCCCACGCAGCAGCCAAGGCCCUGUCCAGGCUGCACCAGCUGAGAUGUCUGGGCCACACUCUGGUGGUGGAGUUCGCCAAGGAGCAAGAGCACAUUGGGGCUCCGGAGCAGGAGACAUUCUCUGACAAAGGCAAACCGAUGGACAAAACUUCAGGCGACAAAGAUGAAACGGAAGUUCUGAAGCCAAAGGCAGCAGUUAUAGAAUGUGGCAUUGCUCCAAGCCUAGGACUGACCUACCCUCCGAACCCGUGUCUGAAGUACCUGUACCCACCGCCAACCAGCGUCAUCCUUGCCAACAUUGCCAACGCCAUGGCAAGCGUGCCCAAGUUCUACGUGCAGGUUCUGCACCUAAUGAACAAGAUGAAUUUACCGUCUCCAUUUGGUCCCAUCACUGCUCGUCCUCCAAUGUAUGAGGAAUACUUCCCCACGCCUCCACCCAUGCCUCCCCUACCUCCGGAGGAACCCCCAAUUUCCGAGGAGGAGAUGGAUGUUUCCAGUGAGGAGGAGUCAGAGUAUGAGAGUGGGAGCGAAGAAGACAAGGAAAGGAUGGUCCGACUGAUGGGGUUAGCAACACAGCCUCCCAGGCAGCCACAGAAGAGGAAACGGGCGUCACUCCGGAAACGGCCCAGGCUAAAGGAUCUGAUCAGCGUGACAAAAGUGACUUCCCAGAGCUCUCAUCCUGCUGUUCCGCCUUCGGAAGUGUUUGACCAGCUGCAGCCUCCAGGCCAAAGGAAGAUCGAGUUCCACCUCCCGACUGACAUCGGCAGCUUGCUGGAAGGUGGAGGGGAGCGGCGAGCAGAGCCUCAGGAGAAUUCCAAGCCUCAAAGUUCGGGAUUUGGGAAGAUCCAACCGGCUCCAGUCUCUGUGAAGAACAAGAGCGAAGAGGAGGAGGAGGAGGAAGAGAUUCCAUCAGAGUUCAUCUCCAGGAAGCAGCUGUCCAAGGGCAGGAUCACCAGGGAUGAGAUGGAGAACACGGCAAUCUUCAAGAAUUAUAAUCCCGGUGAGCCAACAUGCCGGCUCUAUGUUAAGAAUCUGGCCAAGCAGGUGGAAGAGAAGGACUUGAAGUUCAUCUUUGGCCGAUAUGUCGACUUUACGUCCCAGACUGAGAGGAACAUGUUUGACAUCCGCCUGAUGAAGGAAGGACGAAUGAAGGGCCAGGCUUUCAUCGGGCUUCCCAAUGAGCAAGCAGCAGCCAAGGCUUUGAAGGAAGUCAACGGCUUUGUCCUCAGUGAGAAGCCUAUGGUGGUUCAAUUUGCCCGCUCAGCACGUCCCAAGCCGGAUGCGGCAGAGAACCGGAAAGGGCGGGGGAAGUGAAGGAAGAACCUGCGGACAGUGGGUGUGUCACUGUGCAGUCGGCAGUGUUAACCCUACGCUUGGACUAGCUGGUGUCUCACUCGUGCUGUGCCUCGGACACGGUUCUACCACCGAAGAGGAACAUUAACCCGUGUAUCCUUUAUGGCGGAUCUGAAAAGUAGAGAUGAACCACGAUGUUGCAAGGACCCUCACCGACCCUGGGCAGGGGGUUGGCAGUGGUCUGGAACCUGGUCGUUGUGAACCCUCACAGUGAUUGAGUGAAUCCGCUGCAGUGAAGUGGUUGCCACAGAGGUGAGCAAGCACGCGUCACGGAUGAGCAUCCAUACCAACACACUGUCCUCUCUCCCUGCACACUGUGGCAGCACAAACAGCUCCAGAUGCUCAAUACCAUCACGGACUCACUGGACCGAAGAGCCUCUAUGCUAAUGACUAUGAUUGGAGGCCUGCUGCUGCCCCCCGUGACCAGUUAGCAAUACGAGGGAUUGGGGGAGGGAGCAGGGAACGUCACAGAGUGAGUGUCCGGCAGCACAUCCAUUUCCGGACCUGAGGCUGCUGAUUUUCGUUACAGUUGCCCCAACCAAGAAUAGAGUGUAAAUACAGCACUCAAGUACUCUCUGACACCAUGGGCUUCCCUUUGUCUUUGACACAGCUCAGGAGGAAGUACAGAAACAGGCCCUCUGGCCCGUCAAAUCUGCCGACUAUCAUCCAUCCAUUGGCACCAAUGUUAUAUCCAUUUAAUUUCCCCCCCACAUUCCCAUCAGCUCCCCCUCCCCGGUUCCAUCCCUCACCCACACACUAAGGACAAUUUACAGUGGCCAAUUAGCCCACCGUCCUGCAUGUAUUUGGGAUGUGGGAGAGAACAGGUGCACCCGGAGGAAACCUGUGCAGUGAGAGCAGACAAUCUCCACACAGAAGCUGCGAUUGAACCCCAGUCUCUGGAGCCGUGAGGUAGCAGCUCUACCCGCUGAGCUCGCUCCAGCAUCUUUGUGUGAGACCCUGAUGGUCCUGUACCCUCUGUGAAUGCAUUGCCACUGUUGUCAAUUGUGAAAAACCCCGUUGAAUGGAUGAGUUCAAUUAAAAUAAAAGGAACCUUUAUUCAACAUGCUCAUGUUUCC